AUAUAUAUGUAUAUGUAGAGGCUUGGGUGGAGCUAUCUUGCAAACUUUUAUAUUACUUAAUUCUCUCAAAAAACAAUUCUCCAUCUGUUCUUUGUACUUUCACAAUUCAGGAGGAGAUUUGAUUGUUGCAUGGAUGGAUCCUUCAACUGCACACAACCAGGAAAUGGGUUCCCAAACACUAGAAAGCAUGUUGGUUUGCAGCACAAAACCCCAGCAAGAAAAGAAGCCAAGGCCUAGUGAGCAAUCCCUAAGAUGUCCUAGAUGUGACUCUAACAACACCAAGUUUUGCUAUUACAAUAACUACAGUCUUUCCCAGCCAAGAUACUUCUGCAAGUCAUGCAGGAGAUAUUGGACUAAAGGUGGAACAUUGAGAAAUGUUCCAGUGGGUGGAGGGUGCAGGAAGAACAAAAGAUCAUCAGCAAAGAGAAGCCAAGAUCAACCAUUGACAACAAAUUCCUCCAGUCCUUCUAGCUCUUCUUUAACACCUCUAUCCUAUGAAUCCAAUGAUCUCAGCCUUGCAAUUGCCAGGCUACGAAAUCAGACCACCGGAGUAAUGGGAUUCGACGGCCAUGGUUUUUCCAUGUCAGGUAAUCCUAACAUCCCUUGUUAUGAUUCUGGGCUUUUUGACGAGAUUAGAGGUGGAUUUUUCGAAAACCCGAAUGAAUUCCACAAUCUGUACUACGGGAAUGGAAACAUGGGGUAUUUGGGAAAUGAUGGGAUGACGAACAUGCAAAUUGAGGAGCUAAGUGUCGCACAAACAAGAGUGAAGCAAGAAAUGCACAAUGCAAGAGAAGAUGAAAGAAGAGAAUUGUGGGGAUUUCCAUGGCAAUUUGGCAAUGGGGAUACAAACCAUAUGAAUGGAAAUGCCACAUCUUGGCAUGGACUUCUCAAUAGCCCUCUCAUGUAGAGAGAGAGAUAAAAAUCAAGAUUUGCAAGAAGAAUUUUCAAUUUUUAUAUAUUAUUAGUUAUGUUUGUAUCAAGAGGCUUGAUUCACUUGAAUCAUUCCUUUGUUCUUUGUUCUUUUUUUUUUUUGGGCCACUAAACUAAUGGAAUUUCAUAUCUUUUACUUCUUUUAUUCAAGUAAGCAACCAUGCUGUAUUUUCUA